GAUUUUUUCUUUUUAGGGUCUCGUUUUGGCUCUUAGAUUUGUAGCAUAAUGUACGGAUACGGUCAAGGAAGUUAUGGAAAUUAUGGGUCGGCAUAUACUGCCGCUGCCGCAGCUGCUGCUGUUUACGGGAAUUUGGGGGUCGGACAGUCUACACAAGCUCAACAGCAAUCAAAUAGCGUUUUCGGGUCAUCAACUACUAAUCCAUAUGCGACAUAUGGCAAUUCUGUUGCUGCGUCAUACGGUUAUGGAAGCCAGUCUACGAAUGCUGCUUCCGUCUACGCUGCUCAAGCUGCUCAGGCACAAGUGCAAGCCUCGCAAGUAAGUCGUCUAUCUGCUGACGCUGCAUAUGCUGCCGCUGCCGGCGUUGCUCCUAGCCAGUACUCCGCUUUCGGCGCUGGACAGCUUGCAGGAUUCGGAUCGCAACCUAGCGGAGGAGCAACGGUCGGAUAUGGUAGACCAUCUGCGACUGCAACAAACCAGGCAGCGAAAUCUCUUGCCGCACUGACGAAUUCCAGCAACAAGUCUGCUCUUGCAGUCAAUUCUGGAAACACCUAUUCCAAUUAUGAUGCUGCUGUUUACGCUGCUGCAUCAUCGUAUCUGCAUUCUAAAGCUACUGGAACGACAAAUAUGUGGAUGAGUAAGAAGCCUGGUCGAGGCGGAGGUUUCGGUAACAAACGCUUCGGUGGCGGUGGUGGAGCACAGAAAGAAGCACAACAGUUUUAUUGCGAGGUAUGCAAGAUCUCUUGCGCUGGCCAAUUGACAUAUAAGGAGCACUUGGAAGGCCAGCGUCACAAGAAAAAAGAGGCUUUGGCAAAGGGAGAAAAUAAUCCUAGUCUUCCGAAAAGCAAGGUGUCAUUCCGAUGUGAUCUCUGCAAUGUUACUUGCACGGGACAGGAUACAUACAAUGCUCAUGUACGAGGUGCUAAGCAUCAGAAAACGCUGACGCUGUGCAAAAAACUUGGAAAACCCAUUCCUUCUACGGAGCCCACUAUCAUACCACCAUCCGAAAUGGGUGGCGUAAUCCCGCCACCACCAGCGGUGACUGCAGCUGCAGUAAAUAAUAAUUCGCCAACGAAGAGGGUUGUUGGCAUCUCGACAGUGAAUUUCGUGGCUGGAGCUAAACUUUCGUCCACAGCUGGACAGCUUGAAGCAAAGAAACAGCAAGUCAUGCAAGCCGUAGGAAGCGCUGGUACAAAGGCACCUGAAGAACCCACGGUGCAAGCCAUCAAGGGAACUACGGAAGAACUGCAGGCACUCAUCGCUGCCGAGCAAAAUCUGAAACCAGUCGGUGAAGAGUUCGUUGAAGCACAACGGGAUGCCACUGGGAAGCUGCUUCAGUACUUAUGCAAGUUGUGCGACUGCAAGUUCAGCGAUCCCAAUGCUAAGGAGAUCCAUUUAAAGGGGAGAAGACAUCGUUUGCAAUACAAAAUGAAGGUGGACCCGAAUUUGGAAGUCGAAGUGAAGCAGACUGCUAAUAGACGCGGAACGAAAUAUGAACGCGGUCGAGGCUCAAUGGGUGCUAUACCGCGCGGUCCUCCCUCUGCUGGACUGGCUGUUCCAAGAGGUCCUUUUGGUCCAGUCGUUCCUGGUAUACGUGGACCAUGGUUUGGUAAUGGGCCGAUUGACGGUAGAAGAUUCGAGACCACCGAUGAUCGUCAUGUUCAGGCCAAGCACACUUCUAUCUAUCCUGAUGAUGAACAACUUACUGUGAUUGAGCGACUUGUGACUGAAACUGAAAAGGCUCUCAAAAAAGUGUCUGACUUCUUUAAUGAACGUGAUCAUCUGGAAACAAAGCCGCAAGUGAAGCCAGCUGCAGUUGGAGAAGCAGCGAAAGAGACAACAGCGACACCGGAGAAAGAUCGUCUCCUGAAAGGAGUCAUGCGCGUGGGAAUGCUGUCUAAAGGAUUACUGCUGAAGGAUGACACUGAGGUCCACUUGGUUGUGUUAUGCUCUCAUAUUCCUGGUUUAUCGCUUUUGAAAGAGGUAGCUGAUCUGAUACCCAAGUACUACGAGAGCCCUGAAGGAUCGUCAGUCAACAUCACUGUGGAGGAACCAAGUGCAUCAAUGAUUCUUCAACAGAGCUCAAUCCCUCUUAGAUGUCGUAUCACACUAACUUCUCGCGAAUUUAGAGAGGAUGUCGCUGGCGACGCAGCAACAGCCCCACCCCCUGGAGAUGCCCUAAACAAAGAGGCUUGCCUCAAAGCACUGGCUCAGCUGCGCCACGCUAAGUGGUUCCAGGCUAGAUGCAUCUAUCUGCAGUCUUGCCAGGUGACUUUGCGUAUUUUGCGAGACAUUCGAGCAAGGAUUGAGUCAUGGAGACCUUUGAAUGAUUGGAUGUGUGAGCUGCUGGUGGAGAAAGUGCUGUCGUCUUGCUUGGCACCACUAUCCGUUGGUGACGCUCUACGUCGAUUCUUCGAAGCUGUAGCUAGUGGCGUCUUGCUGAAAACUGGACCCGGUCUUCCUGAUCCAUGUGAAAAAGAGUCGAUUGACGUGCUUGGCCCACUUACUGGUCAGGAAAGGGAAGCCAUCACUGCUAGUGCACAGCAUGCUUUGAGACUGAUUGCUUUCAAUCAAAUUUAUAAGGUUUUGUGCUUGGAGCGCCUACCGGAUGUCAGGCCACCGCUUACCGACCGCAAGCGACCGAUGGAUGCAUCGAGUGCAACAGAUGAAGUGAAAAAGGAUAAGAAAGAAGGCGAAAACGGUCACACCAAGGGAGAGGAGAACUCCUCAGGUGUUGCGGUCAAAAUGGAAAAAAUGGAAGUUUAAGUCAUAGUCAGGUUUAUUCCGAACUUCGGGUCAGGCAAGUUUUGCGAGAAAUCUUUGUCAUAAAUAAUUGUGUGGAUAGUGAGCUGAUUUAGUAGAUUUCAUUAUCAUGUUGUGGGG